GGCUGGCCUACUGUCAAGAUGAGAGUUUGAAGGCUUAUUACCACAAGAGAAAUUAGCUUUCUACUGAGAUGGGUUGUGUUUUGUGGGGAACCAGAGUGAUUAUACCCUUGAAAAUGAGAAAGAGUGUAUUAAAUGAGAUUCACUCUGGUCAUCAAGGAAUCGUAAAAUCCAAGGCCUUAGCUCGCAAAUAUGUCUGGUGGCCAAAUCUGGAUCAUGACCUGGAACAGGUCUGCAAAACAUGUGAAACAUGUCAGCUGAAACAGAAGAUUCCACAGCAUGUUCCGCUGCAUCCUUGGGAGUUCCCCGGUGAAUCCUGGAAAAGACUACAUGUCCAACAUGCUGGACCUUUCCUCGACAGCAUGUUCAUGAUUGUGGUUGAUUCAUAUUCAAAGUGGUUGGAGGUGUUUCAUGUGCCACACAUCACCUCACAAGCCACGGUGACGAAACUGAAGAGACGGUUUGCUUUACUUGGACUUUCUGAACAAAUAGUCACAGAUAAUGCCACCACUUUCACUUCUACUGAGUUUCAGACGUUUGUGACACAGAAUGGCAUUUUGCACACAAGUGCACCGGGUCACCCUGCCACAAACCGUUUGGCUGAAAGAUAUGUGCAGACGUUUAAAGUGGGCAUGAAAAAGCUGGCCAACCGCUCAUGUAGCAUCGAGGACAAACUUUCAUUGUUUUUGCUACAGUACCGUGUUACACCUAACUGCACAACAGGUCAGUCUCCAGCAGAAAUGUUUUUGCACAGACACAUCCGUACCAGACUGGAUUUUCUUAAACCUAACACCAAGGAGACUGUUCGCAGGAAGCAGUAUCGACAAAAAGCUCAACAUGACUUCACAGCCGUGGACCGUUCCUUUUCUGUGGAUGAUGCUGUGUAUCUUCGCAACACAGGGGGAGGAGUUUCACAAGUGGACACCUGGACAGGUUGUAAGACAAAACUGGCCCAGUUUGACUUGAACACUGUGCACAGACGAUAUGGGGAUCAGCUUCGUAACCAAAUAUAG